CAGAAGAAGCUUGCUUUCCGAGGAUCAGAAAUCAUCAUCCUCACUUCUCUGCCAGACCAGACCAGACCAGACCAGACCAUUUCUCUGCCUCUUAGCCAGUUGAAUCAACUUGCUCUUCUCUCGCCGGAUAAUAUUUCUCUCUUCAAAACCUCAUUCACGUCAAGGAAGAAAAAUCGGAUUUUUACAAAAUACACGACAAAUCGGGUCGGGUCACACUUGAUUUGCUAUUUCGUCAUAUCGCAUCGCAUCAAAAAGAGGAAUUAAAAGGAUAAUACUUAAUCGUGGACCAUGGUGAAGAUCGAGCCGGAGAAUAAAACUAGGGCCGCCGUCAACGCGGGUCAGUCACUCGUUUCCACCCUGUUACUCAGCUUACUUCGACUUUGGCACUCAUUUUGUCACCUGCUCUGGCUCGGCAGUGUAGGAAAUUCAGGUCUGAUUGGCGAAACCGAUAGCACGAAGAUAACUGAUUGUCAAGAACGAGACGAGCAAGUAGACGACGACGACACGGACGUUACCUAUUUUAAAAGGACAAUGACGAUCCAAACUCCUGAUGUUAUUGUCCCCUCUGACGACCAGGAAAACCAUGACCAAGUCAACAAUUUUUCGCUAAAACAGGAUUCCGAGGAGGAGGGUGAGGUGUCGUCAGAUGAAGAAGCUUGUCCUCCCCAAAAGACGGAGGACAUAGACAGUUCCAGCGGGUAUGGUUCGGGAAAUGGGAGCUCUCUGUCAGGCUCGCCAGUUCUAAACUCUGCAAAUUUGAAAGAACAUGACCCCCAAAACUUGUCCUCUGAUGAACAUGAAACUAACGGUGGAGGAUCCGUCGCACCUCUUCCUGCUCCAAGAAGACACAGUGAUUCCAGCGAUGGCGAAGUACCUCUCGAUGUCGCGGCACGAAUCGUGGCUCAAGUCGAGUCCAUGUUUUCCGACGAUCACUUGGCCAAAGAUGGCUUUUUGCUGAAACACGUUCGAAGGCGCACUGAUGGCUUCGUGUCACUAAAGUUGGUGGCCGGUCUGCGUAAAGUGAAGCAAAUUUCGAGGGAGUUUCCCGUCGUGUUGAACGCUCUCAAGACUUCGGAUAGCUUGGAGGUCAACGCUGAUGGAACCAAGAUUCGAAGGAGGGAACCCUUGACGUCGGAACUCCAAACCAUGCCAAUCAAACAAGCCAAGAAAGAUAAGGCGGGGCCGGAUGGCGAUAAGGAGAAAAACCAGGCUGAGAAGGAGAAUCAAGAUGACCAGAAAUUGGCUCGAAAACGACGCCAAAAGGGGGGUGACCGCCAGAAGGAUGAACUUCACUCUUCCGAUCGUGGGAAUCAGGGGCCCAACUACAAGACCACUAAUUCCAGACGAUCUUCAAUUUCCACAAAUGACGAAUCCCUCCCUAUUCGACGACGACGCGGAGGCUCCCUCCCAGUCGCCCCACUCGCGCAAUACCGUGGAAAUUACUGCAUCUGUCCUCCAAAUCCCCCUUCUCAGAACGCCGUCGACUUUCUUCGCCCAAACUCAAACGGUUAUUUUGAAGGGGGCACCGACCCGGCCGCCACGAUGAGCUCAUGGCUCCAGAAGAGAAAGGCCUCCAACCGACUCUCCGUCGGUGAAGUUUCUCUCGGCUCCGGUGUAAUUCGUCAACCUCGCGGGCCCGACGGGUCGAAAGGCUUCCAUCCAGGGUAUCGCGCCCUCAUGCAGGAAGAGCGCCUUAAUAUGAGCGCAUUCAAUUGAGCAGCGCUUUUUCUCUCUAAAAUUAUAUCGAAUAUUGCCAAACUUUUGGAGAAAGUCUCAGAUCAUACGUUUUGUUAUAGUUUAUAUUGUUCCGCUAUUGCUCAGUUUUAGUUGUUAAUUUAUAUUUACAUAUGUUAGAAAUCUGCCAAACGCUGAACUAUACAUUUAUCCAAUUCAGUUUGAAAUAGUCACUUGUUCCCAGAUUUUGAGAGUUGAGACUUUAAACAUUUAUUACUUAAUUUAGCAGCACAAUUAUUAUUUCUUUGACUGUACAUUAAUGGUUUUACAUAUCAUCUUAAAUAUGUAUUUCUUAGCGGGGUCAGUUAUCAUUUUAAUGAUACAUAUGUUAAAUGCAUCAUAGUCUUAUUUCAUGUGAGUGAACCUCACGUUAUUUGUUUUUGUAGUUCUUUAUUGUUAUUUACAAGAAAAAGUUACUCAAUUAUACAUUUACUAUUCAUAAUUAUUUAUAAUAAUGAAUUUAAUAAUGAUAAGUCUUAUAUAGUCAUUUUGAUGUCAAGAAACAAUAAUAUCUUUGUAUGCGCAUUUAUAUUUUUGUUACAAACUCAAUAAAACAAUUUAAAAUUUAAAAUGUAAAACUGUGAUAACAUUAUUAAAUAAAUAUGUGCGUGCGAUUUGUGUGUGCAGUGUGAUCGAAAUAA